AUGAAACAACAAUUAAAUCAAGUGGAACGACAGUAUUUCUCAUUCUUACACUUCAUCUUUGUAGGUAGAUUAAAACUAUACAGUACCAGCAUGGGGAGUGCUUCAUCCAAGUCAAGAUCUGGGGAAGGGAUGACAAUCAACAAAGAUGAUGACAGGACCGAGAAUCAAAUUAAUACGGAGACAAACACAAUGGAAAACGAGGCCAAUAAUGACAGCGUUGGUGAAACUUUUAGAGAUGAUUUCAGUCAGACGCUGUCCAAAAAAGAGCGGAAAGCGAGUAACGCAGAAAAUAAUUUGAAUGAAGCGGAGGAAAAUGCUGAAAACCAACUUGAAAGGAAAAUUAACAACUUUGAUAAUUCAGUUGAUAACAUCGAAAAGAAAGGCGAUCAGCAAGUCAGUGAGGCAGAAGGAACUGUUAUAAGGAAAACGGACGGGAUUGAAACGGAUACAGACAAUAAGGUUAAUUCUGUGACUACUGGAACAAAUAUGAACCAGAAUGAUGUUAAUACUACGGACAAUCCCGAAGAAAAGGGGUUAAGAUAUGCCAAGAAAAUGGAAGUAACCGUUGUUGAUACGGGUGAAGACGAUUUAGCGAAUAAAGUAGGAAAGAAAAGAAAAAAGGUAAAAAAUGAAUCCGAAGAACACGUCGGAGACGAAAGUGAAAGCUUGAAUGAUUCAGUGAAUAACGAUGGAAAUGAUAUUGGUCAAACCAAUGAAAGUGUGAAUAUUGAAGAAACUCCCCAAAAUGCGGUAGAUGUUGAUAAGACAGACUAA